CCAGAGGAGAGACCAGAUACCUCCCAUGGGCUGUACCACCUGAACCUACCAAAAGAAGCCAAGCCCCGCAAGGGAAGGGUGGGGGGCAAAGCAAAAAGCACAGUGACUCACACACUAGUGGCAAAAGCAGCAAAACAUCCAAAAGCAAAGGAAAGAGUCGACGGCACAGGGUCAUGUCACCAGAAAUAGAAUCAUCGGACGAUUCCUACGUAUCAGCGGAAGAAGAUCCUCGGGAGCCCCCUGUAUUUGAGAUCCCCUUACAAAGUGCCCUGGUCAACGCCGGCUUAGAGGUUUUGUUAAAAUGCAUCAUAUCGGCCAAUCCAGCGGCGGAGGUGGUAUGGAGAAAAGAUCGCGCACUGCUGAGAAACAGCGUUACCCAUCAAAUCCGGGCGGAGGGUGAAAGGCAUUCGCUGCUAAUACGCUGGGCGCUGCCCUCUGACUCUGGUAUCUAUACCGUGACGGCACGAAAUGAAGUGGGUGAGGCCAGCAGCUGCGGAGCCCUGACGGUGAAACCAGCACCUGCCACCGAUUCUCCUGCUCACCGCGGAACUCCUAAAGAUGUUCUGAGCCCCAUUACAUCUGAUGAUGAGUAUCUGAGCCCCCAGGAAGAUUUAAGUGAGCCUGCAACACCCCAGCACGUGAUGCCUGGCAAAUCCCCAAUGGUGACCUUCAAAGCCCCCCCAUCAUUUAAGGUGGCGAUGUCAGACCAGAUGGUGUUUGAGGGCCAGGAAGUCAUUCUGCGAGUACAUGUAGAGGGGGAACCCAAACCUAUGAUAAGCUGGUUAAAGAAUAAGCAGCAGCUGAAACCAGGCGUCAAAUGUCACAUGACCGGGGAGGAAGGCGAGAUCUUUGCACUCCACAUCUCCGGGUCUGACAAGCGAGACGCCGGAUUGUAUACCUGUAAAGCAAUAAAUGAGUAUGGGACUAAGCAAUGUGAAGCCAAGGUGGAAGUACGAGCUCCCUCUGGCAGUACCAGCUUGGAGGUGUUGACCCCCUUGCAGGAUGUGAGUGUGUGCGCUGGGGAGGCAGCUGUGUUUGAGUGUGUGGUUUCGGGACCCCCGGAUCUAGACGUGGACUGGAUGUUCCGGGGGAAGCUGCUGCAGCCAGCCCUGCUGGACUGUAAGAUGCGUUUCAACGGCAAGCAGUGUCUUCUACUCCUCAACUCUGUACAUGAAGAUGACAGCGGAGUCUACACCUGUAAACUGAGCACGGCAAGAGAUGAACUGACGUGCAGCGCUGUGCUGACUGUUCACCCCUCACUGGCUCCCCUCUUCACCAGGAAGAUGCAAGAUCGGGAUGUGGUAGAAGGUCGCACUGCCCGACUGGAUUGUAAAAUCAGUGGCACGCCACCCCCUGUUGUCACAUGGACCCACUUCGGUCAGCCAGUGGAAGAGAGCGAGACCCUCCAUAUUCUAAGGGAGAGGGGGCACCAUACUCUUCUUAUCACCCACGUGUCCAGUGAAGAUGAGGGCCAAUAUACAGUGACUGCCUGCAACCAGCAUGGAGAAGAGGAAUGUUCUGCAGAGCUAUAUGUGGAGGAACCUAGACUUUCCACAUCAUCACACAUAUCCAAGCUGGAAAAGAUGCCUUCCAUUCCUGAGGAACCAGAAAUGCAGGACAGUGAGGUGGAGGGGGUGCUUAUGCCGGAUUUCCUGCGGCCACUGCAGGACCUUGAUGUGGUGGAGUCCCGUGAGGUUCAGUUGGAAUGUCAAGUAACUGGCUUACCAUAUCCAACCAUCACCUGGUACCACAAUGGAAAGAAGAUCCAGAGCACGGAUGACUGCAGAAUGACCCAAUAUAAGGACAUCCAUCGUCUUGUGCUCCCAUCUGUAAGCCACACACAUGCCGGUGUUUACAAGAGCGUCAUCUCAAACAAGGUUGGCAAGGCCGCAUGCUAUGCUCACCUAUACGUCACAGAUGUGGUCCCAACUCCUCCAGAUGGUCCCCCAAUUAUAGCAUCUGUGACUGGCAAAGUUGUCAAACUGAGAUGGAAUACCCCCAAAAGGCUGGACCCUGCUAUAGACCUGGAGCAGCUGACUUAUUCCAUCCAGCAGCAAGUGGUGGGUUCUCUGCAGUGGACAGUCAUUGCUACCAACGUGAAAGAGACCAGCUACUCUGUCAAAGCAUUGACCAAAGGUCACCAGUAUCUGUUCCGUGUGGUGACCUACACUGCUACAGCACACAGCAAACCAACUCCUCCCAGCGAGUGUGCCAAGCUUCUAGACAGGGGUCCAUAUCUAGCGGAACCGCCAGUGAUCAUAGACCGCCCUGAGCUCCUGUACAUGGUAGAGAAUCAGCUCUUGUGUAUCACAGUCACCCUGAACCAUGUGGAGGCCAAUGUCACCUGGAAGAGAGCAGGCACGAUUCUGCGCAGCGUGGAUGGCGUGUGUGAGAUGAGUAUGCCGGACGAUGGGCAGCACUCGCUCACAAUCUUCAGUCCCAAGAAGUCUGACCUCGGCCCACUGAUGUUUGAAGCCAGGAACCAGUAUGGAGCCGACCGGUGCACCAUCAGCAUAGAGAUGGCAGAGACGCCCCGUUUUGACUCCAUCAUGGAAGACAUUGAGAUCAGAACGGGGGAGACGGCACGCUUUGUGGUGGUGGUGGAAGGGAAACCAGUACCGGACAUCAUGUGGUACAAGGAUGGUCAGCUCUUAGUGGAGAGUGGACACUUCAACUUUGUGUAUGAUGAUGCCGAGUGCUCCCUGGUCAUCCUCAAUGCCUCCCCCGAGGACUCGGGAGUAUAUACCUGCACAGCACGCAAUUUGGCCGGAGAGCUCUCCUGCAAGGCUGAACUUCAGGUGUCCGCAGCCGGGUCAGCAAUGGACAAAUCAGAUGAACUGAAAGCUCGGAGGUUGACGGACUACUACACCAUCCACAAGGAGAUCGGAAGAGGAGCGUUCUCCUACGUCCGCCAUGUGCUGGAGAAGAGAAGCGGGCUGGAUUUUGCGGCCAAGUUUAUUUCAUCGCGGGGGUCAUCCAGAGAGAAGGCGAGGAGAGAGAUGGAUAUACUGUCCCAGAUCAGCCACGAAAGGAUUGUUUAUUUCCAAGAGGCGUUCGAGAAGCGGAGCACGCUGAUCAUCAUCAUGGAGCUAUGUUCUAAGGAGGAACUUCUAGACCGAGUGGUCAGGAAAUCUACAGUGCAUGAAUCAGAGAUCCGAUCCUUUGUGCGUCAAAUUUUGGAAGGAUUAGAUUAUUUGCAUCAUAAAAAAAUAUUACAUCUGGACAUCAAGCCAGAAAAUAUUCUCAUGGCGGACAUGACCAGCGAUCAGAUCCGGAUCUGUGAUUUUGGGAAUGCCCAGGAGCUGAUUGAUGGGGAACCGCAGUACUGCAAACACGGAACGCCUGAGUUUGUGGCCCCAGAGAUUGUCAACCAGAUGCCGAUUUCUGCAGUCUCCGAUAUUUGGCCAGUCGGGGUCAUUGCAUAUUUAUGCCUCACAGGAGUUUCCCCCUUCGUGGGUGAAAAUGAUUACACCACGCUGAUGAACAUCCGAGGAUAUACGGUGGCGUUUGAAGAAAAGAUGUUUGCAGAUUUAACUCGAGAAGCGAGAGGAUUCCUUAUUAAGGUCUUGGGCAACGAGAAGCUGAGACCCAAUGCCGAGGAGAGUCUGGUACAUCCAUGGUUCAAAACUUUGGCAAAAGGAAAAAACAUCAGCACGGAUCACAUUAAAUUGUUCCAGUCACGACGCAAGUGGCAGCGUUCUCUUAUCAGCUACAAGUCCAAUAUGGUGAUGCGGUCUAUCCCAGAGCUCCUGCAGGACACCAGCAGCCACUUGUCUAUCGCCGUCACUAGAAAUAACAAAGAAUCCUCUAGCUUAUCCUCAUCUUCAGAUUCUGAUGACCUGGAAGAGCUCCCCUAUGUACCAAUGCCUCUUCAAGUACAGUUUUCUGGUUCUCGAAUGUCCCUUAAUGAAAUCCCAACUGAUGAAGAUCAACCUUCUCAAAACACAGAAGAUGCCAUUAUUCCAGAUCAGGAGAAGGAUGAGGAUGGAAGAGAAACCGCAAGCAAAGUCACAGAAUCAGAAGUCCCACAUAGAGAGAUUCCAGAGUCUCUGAGCAAGCGAACCAAGGCAUCACUUACUAGGAAGAAAUCAAAUGAAGCUGAAGAGGGUUCUUCUUCUGAUGAUGAACCUUUGGACAGUCGAAAGGCUGAUCAAAAAAGAAAGCCUCUCAGAAAAGGAUCCAGCUUGGAGUCUUCAGAGUUACCUGAUGAGGAGCUGGUAUCAGCACGUAGAGGUGAACUGAGGAGGGGAAGCUCUGCUGACAGUGCACUUUUGCUGAAUGUAUCAAGUGAAGAUUGUGAUGAAAGGGAUCAUUUUGAGAAGGGAAUGACUAAAGCUGCCUCCAUGGAGCUGCCAACCAGAAACCGUAGCCCUAUGAGACGUAAAAAACUGGGAUCAGCAGAGGAGGAGUAUGCUCAACGAUUGGAGUUAAUGAGGCAAAGACUUUUGAGGGGUGGUUCAGCAGAUGGAAAGCUAAGUGGUCUCAGAGGUCCCCUGAUGGAAACACUUUCCAUUGAUAAAAAACGAGGUGAGCAGAUGCCCAUGCGCCCCCAAAGAACUGACAAUGCGCCUUCAUCACCCAUCCCAGCCAUCAAACUUACCCGUGCCGCUUCCAGUGAGGCAGCGCCAGGAAGAGAAGCAUCAGAAGAGAGAGUCUUAAGGAAGACCAGUUCUUUUUCACACUCUGACACAGAGCCGCUUAUCCUGCAUCGUAGAUCUGGUGCACCGCUUGAAAUUCCACUUGCUCAAGUGGAAGCACAGCGCUUAAAGGAGUCUCCCUCUCUGUCUGCGCUGACAGAUCAGUCACGAUUUGAUUCCCGUCCUCAGACUCCACGUGAGAUUCCAUCAAAGCCUGUGACUCCUGAACCAAGCCAACAACAGGCUGAAAGUGUUGAUACAGACACUGAGAAUCGCAAAGUAGAUGACAAAGAUAAGUCACCAUCUUCGAAGCCUAAGUCUGAAAAAAUGCUUCAGGGAGAAAACCUGGAAGCUGUCCUUUCAAAAGUGACUUCAUUUGUAGAGGAUGGGAUUCCCAAAAUGGAAAUACCAAGCAAACAAGUAGGGCAGCCAACUGAAAAGCCAUCCCAGGGAGAGGUAACAAUGACUAAUGAACUUGAUGCAAGAACAACAGAACAACCACCAAAUGCUUUGCCAGUAGAGAGUGCACCCCCUUACCAGCUACAAAAGGGGCUUCCUAAAACAGAAGAGAAGUCUGUCUUAGAAAAAACACACACAAAAGAGGUUACAUCAGGAAAAAUAUCUCCCUCUGCUGCUAUACAUAAAAGUCAACUCUCACCAUCCCCAGUUGUUGCACCUCCAAGUCAGCCUGCAGCAACUUCAACUUUGCCAAACCCAGAUGCUGUCUCACCAACUUUGAAAAGUUCUUUUCUUUCUCCCUCAACCUCGCCAAAGACAGUCACUUUUACAUCUUCUCCACAAGGUCAAGCCAUUGGCUUGUCACCUCCAAGUACUGAAGCUCUCUCAUCUCCAUUGCCAAAUCUAACUGUUGGUCCAUCUUCCCUGAGAGCUCCAGCUACAAUAAAGUCACAUUCACCAGGUCCAGCAAUAUCAUCUCCUGGAUCAAAGUUAGUAAAGCAACCCCCAAAUACAUCUGUCUCUGUGCCACCAUCUACAGCCACACAGGUGAAAGAGACCCAACAAAUGCCAGUAAAAGUCCCAGCACCAUCUGUGACAGCAGUUAGAGGGCCAUCAUCUGUUCUAAAGCCCCAGUCAGAAAGUACUGCAUCACCUAAAAAGUCAGCCUAUGCAGACAUGUUGCAAACACUCUACGUGUCAACAUCUGAAGAUGCGUCACAAGAACCCAUUGAAGAAUCAAGGAUUUCCUCAACAGGACAAGCUAGGCUUCAAAAGAAGCCUCCAGAAGAAAAGCCAAGUUCCACUCCAGCAGUCAAGAUGGAUGCAAAGAUAACUAAAAAAGAUGUAGCAGUACCAGAGCCACCAGCGUUUUCCAAGGUGAAACAACCACCCACUGCUGAAAGUACAGAGAAUAUCCAAUACAUCAGUAACAUAGAUUCAGAAGAAGUGUUUGAAGCCAAAUUCAAGAGGAAUCGAGAGUCCUCUCUGACUCGGGGAUUGAAGAUGCUGACCAGGUCUUGGUCAGAAGAAAAGAAUUUAGCAGUUGCCCAUGCAUCACACGAAGAGGAAAUGUACAGGCCUAGCCCAGUUGGUGUUCCCCUUGAGUUCCUAGUGCCUGAAGCUCUAGGCUUGGAAGAUAGGUCUAGAUCUGUUCAGGAUCUACGAGAUGCAGAAAGAGAUCCAAGCUUCAUGAGAAGGCUGUCUCAACGCUUCAGGAAGAGUCCAACAACUGAGAGAAAGCAACAGCAAGCAGAGGAAGCAGAGUCACCCUCUUUGCCAGGAAGACGUAUUUCCUGGACCUUAGGAAGGGGAAGUACCAAAGACAAGAAAGACACCGAAAGCCUGAAAUCAGAGACAGGGUCAAUUGAAACUAUCUCUGAAGGUGUCUCCAAAGAACAGAAGAAGGCCAGUGAGUCACCCGUGCUGGCAAUGAGAAGAAAGAUUGGAAACACUGUGGACCGUUUGUCCAUGAAGAUGAGAAGCCAGUCAGAGGAAAGAAGGGACUCAGAGAGUCAGGAUACAAAAGAGGACAGACCUGAGAGGAGAACACCGCUGAUGUCUAUACUUAGGAGAUCAAACUCCGAAGGAGAAAACAUACGUAAACUUGGAAUACCUCAAAACCAGCUUGCUUCACAGGUUGGGACAUCAACUUCCAAAGAGUCUGUCAACUCUGGUCUCAGUAUCAAAUCAGAAAUGGUAGAAAAAGAUGACAGACGAUCCAGGUGGGACCGCUGGGGUCUUUCACGCAGUAAGAAAGACAAGAUGGUGUCCCAACCAAGUAUCCCAGUCAGUUUGGUUCAAGAUGAUGGCAGCAUAGUAGGCAGACAGUACAUACGCAAUGAAUCAGAUUUCCCUCCGGUCUUCCACAUCAAGUUGAAGGACACGGUGAUUCUAGAGGGGGAUUCGGUGACCCUUUCCUGUCUUCCUGCCGGCAGCCCUGCACCCCGAAUCCUGUGGAAGAAAGAUAAAAUGGUCUUAGAAUCAGGAGAAAACGUGACUAUAAAGUCGAGCCCUGAUGGCCGCCAAGUUCUCACCAUCUCCAACACCGGACAGCGAGAGGCCGGGCUGUACGAAUGUGUGGCAGCGAAUGUGCUGGGCAAUGCCACCAGUUCCUGCUCCUUGUGUGUUGCACGAAUCCCACAAGCCCCCGGGACCCCGGAGAUCCCCCAGAAGUAUAGGAACACGGUGCUGGUUCUAUGGAAGUCUAAGGAGCUCAGCUCCCCCUGCACCUACCUCCUGGAGAGUCAGAUGAACGGAAAAGGGGAGUGGAAGGCGAUCAGCUCCGGCAUCAGCGACUGCUAUUACAAUGUCACCGAGCUGCCGUCCGGCGCCGUCAGGUUCCGUGUGGCCUGUGUCAACAAAGCUGGCCAGGGACCCUACAGCAAUUUUUCCAAGAUGGUUGUCAUAGAUGGAGAUGAACCUUCACCUGCUGUAGCUCCCACUGCUCAGAAGACUCGGCCCACUUUAUCUUCUUUUGGACCGGUCGCUCCCCGUGUCCCCGCUGCACCGACAGUGUCUCCUCCAGCAGUCUCUACUUCCAAAUUGCCUCCAUCCUUUGGGUCUCCUCUUGCUUCAUCCAUACCUUCGCCAUCGACAAACACUCCAGCUCCUGUAACUCCUGUGCAGCCAAUUUCUAAAGGACCUCCUCCACCAACUGCUCCAAGAAAGCACAGAGGACUUGUUUCCACUCCUCCCAUGGUGCACAGAUCAUUACCCCAAACUGCCACUAAAGUAGAGCCCCCAAAUCAAGUUUCCAUGCCUAACAAGUUGCAGUCUGCUGAGCCUCCACCAGACGGGCCUGUAACAUCCCAUCUCACCACAGUAACUGUGUCGGUGACUCCUGGACCUUCUGUGUCCCAUUUGAGAAUUCCACCUUCGGUCCCAACACAGCAAGUGAAGCCUGCUGCUGAACCAGCUGCUAAAAUCGUGCCAGUGACUCUCGGGAAACAAGCUAAGUCUCCUACUGAGUCACAGAAAGCCCCAUUUGAACCGUUUGUGCCCCCAGUGAAAGCUGUGCCCAUCCUUCUCACUACUAAGUCUCCUGUACCUGUAGAACCAACCAAACCAAUUUUCACAUCCCCAGAGCCACGGGUGCCACCACCGGUGGCUCCCAAACCAAUGGUUGCUACUCCCUCAGUUCCGAUUAUGUUGCACAUUCCCGCUUUCAAAGCCUCAAAUUCACCUUUAAGCCCAACUUCCCCUACCAAACCUUUUUUCCCCUCUCCUCCAACGAGCCCACUAUACAAGCCACCAUCUCCUACAUCCCCUACCUACAUGGUGACCUCUUUCAUAUCAAUGCCACCAACCACUCCAACAAAAGGGUCUUUACAACCACAACCUACCACACCAGUCCCUCAGAUUGUUGCCCCCGCACCAGUCCCUCGGAUUGUAUCUCCCAUACCGGUCCUUCAAGUUGUUGCUCCCACACCGGUCCCUCAGACUGUCUCUCCCGCACCGGUUGCCCAGACUGCCCCUUUUGCACCUGUUGGUCAAAUCGUCCCUACGCGCAUACUAGUCAAGAGUGUUACUCCUGGUAAAGAAGGCAGAUAUACUCCAGGGGGAAGAGCAACACCAUCAGGAAGGGAAAGCACCACUCUUCGCCAAGGGGUACCCCAGAAACCUUACACAUUUCUAGAAGAGAAAGCCAGAGGUCGCUUUGGGGUGAUUCGGGAGUGUAAAGAAAAUGUGACGGGAAAGCACUUCAUGGCCAAGAUCGUCCCCUAUGAACAAGAGAAUAAGCAAAGUGUGCUGCAAGAGUAUGAGGUCCUGAAAUGCCUUCACCAUCAGAGGAUCCUGAGCCUGCAUGAAGCCUACAUCACCCCCCGGUACCUGGUCCUCAUCUCCGAGCAGUGCUCAGGCAGGGAAAUCCUGUACUGUCUUGUGGAAAGGUUCCGUUACUCAGAAGAUGAUGUCGUCAAUUACCUGGUCCAGAUCCUGCAGGGAUUGGAAUAUCUCCAUGAACAGAAGAUCCUGCACCUGGACAUUAAACCAGAGAACAUCAUGGUGUCUUACAUGAACACCAUUAAGAUCAUCGACUUCGGGAGCGCUCAGACAUUCAGCCCCCUCAUCCUGCGUCAGCUAGGAAAACGUGUCGGAACCCUGGAAUACAUGUCCCCAGAGAUGCUGAAAGGAGAGCCCAUUGGACCAGCGGCCGAUAUUUGGGGAUUAGGUGUACUGACCUAUGUGAUGCUCGGUGGACGCUCUCCGUUCUUUGAAUCGGACCCGAUGGAAAUGGAGAACAAGAUUCUAGCUGGACGGUUUGACAUAUUUAAACUCUACUCCAAUGCGUCUCAAAGUGCUUCCCUCUUCAUAAGAAAGCUGCUGUCCAUUUAUCCCUGGAGCCGACCCACAUUACAAGAGUGCUUCUCCAACCCUUGGCUUCAGGACGCCUAUUUAAUGAAGCUGAGGCGUCAGACUCUCACCUUUACCACUAACCGCCUCAAGGAGUUCUUGGUGGAGCAGCAAAGGAGGCGCUCGGACAUGGCCACCAAGCACAAAGUUCUUCUUCGCUCUUACCAUGGAACGCAGCCAUCAGCUCCCGUCACCCAGUGACCCCGGAAAAAAAAAGCCGUUGAAUAAGGUGGUCACGAAGCCAAAGGUGCAUUCCACUGGACGAUAACAAAACGUCGGAGAAGUACUGGCAAGGAAUACAAAGUCAAUACCUUGAAGUGUAAAUAAAAAGGACAUCAUAUCUCUGGGCCAAGGGAGUCCCGGGCGGUCAGUAUACCUCUGUGAAUGACAUAGUGUAGUCCAGUGAGACUGAGGAAUAGGGGGGGGCAUCGGAGAAAGUGGGUGCAUGGUGCAUGUGAAACACCCCCACUUCUGCAGCGAAGGAAGAUCUGACCGCUGUGACCUACCA